CCCUCUUUCUGGCGUCCAUCCCCUCCCCAACACCACCUCUGCUGCUGCCUCUGGCUGUAGACCUGCACCUUUUCCCCAUCCCCAUCAGGCCCAGGGAGCGGGGUGAGCCUGGAUGAGAGCCCCCCAGCCUGGGGCUCUCCCAGGCCAUGGCCAGAGUGCUCCCAGAGAGGAGCCUUGGCCCCUGAGCAUCUGCUAGAAGCUUGGCAGAGGCCCCGCGGGGACCGUGUCUUUUGAGGACAAAAGGCGGCGGCCAGCAGGCAGACGGGGCGGGGGAGGGGGGACCGGCAGCCAGGCGGGCAGACGGGUGGCAGGGGCCAGCGCUGGCCCCCCUCCCAGCUUGGCGGUGGCAUGAAGAUGGGGGUGGGAGUGUGUAGUGGGGGAAGCACCUGCCUGGACCCUCACCUGCCAGCUAGCUGGGCACCCCAAUGCUAUGUGCUGCCCCCCUGGUGUUCCCCUACACCCCCAAUCCUGCCUGGUGCACCCCUUCGGUGCCUGCUUCCCCUGAUGUCUGCGUUUUAGACCCGCCGGCUGCUAUAUCCACGCAACAGAAGCAGGAGUGCCACUGGCCGCCAGAUCACUGAGGGUCCCACAAUGUGGCCUGGGCAGUGUUUUAUCGUGGGUGAGACAGCCUGAACCCCCUCCCUGGAUUCCAACACAGCCCUGCUGCGAGAACCCAGAAUCUUUCUUGGUCUGACUCCCUGCUAUGGUAUGUGCCCACCAGCCGAGCAACUCUGCUGUUUCCACCUGUGCCUGAAGGAAUUGGCUGGUGCAGCCGAGCAGGACAACUGAUGGAGUCCCCCAGGGCCCAUCGAAUAAUACUGGACUGGCUGAUCCCGUAGGGUUGGGAGCAGCACCUGCCCCUCAGUAUGGCCAACACUACUGGAGAGCCCGAAGAGGUGAGCGGCGCACUGUCCCCACCAUCGGCAUCAGCUUACGUGAAGCUGGUGCUGCUGGGACUGAUCAUGUGCGUAAGCCUGGCAGGCAAUGCCAUCCUGUCCCUGCUGGUGCUCAAGGAGCGUGCCCUGCACAAAGCUCCUUAUUACUUUCUACUGGACCUGUGCCUGGCUGACGGCAUACGCUCUGCUGUCUGCUUCCCCUUUGUGCUGGCUUCUGUGCGCCACGGCUCCUCAUGGACCUUCAGUGCGCUCAGCUGCAAGAUUGUCGCCUUUAUGGCCGUGCUCUUUUGCUUCCAUGCGGCCUUCAUGCUAUUCUGCAUCAGUGUCACCCGCUACAUGGCCAUCGCCCACCACCGCUUCUACGCUAAGCGCAUGACACUCUGGACAUGCGCAGCUGUCAUCUGCAUGGCCUGGACCCUGUCUGUGGCCAUGGCCUUCCCACCCGUCUUUGAUGUGGGCACCUACAAGUUUAUCCGUGAGGAGGACCAGUGCAUCUUUGAGCAUCGCUACUUCAAGGCCAAUGACACGCUGGGCUUCAUGCUUAUGUUGGCUGUGCUCAUGGCAGCUACACAUGCUGUCUAUGGCAAGCUCCUCCUCUUCGAGUAUCGUCACCGCAAGAUGAAGCCAGUGCAGAUGGUGCCAGCCAUCAGCCAGAACUGGACAUUCCAUGGCCCUGGGGCCACCGGCCAGGCUGCUGCCAACUGGAUCGCUGGCUUUGGCCGUGGGCCCAUGCCACCAACCCUGCUGGGUAUCAGGCAGAAUGGGCACGCAGCCAGCCGACGGCUCCUGGGCAUGGACGAGGUCAAGGGUGAAAAGCAGCUGGGCCGUAUGUUCUACGCAAUCACACUGCUCUUCUUGCUCCUCUGGUCACCAUACAUUGUGGCCUGCUACUGGCGAGUGUUUGUGAAAGCCUGUGCCGUGCCCCACCGUUACCUGGCAAUCGCUGUUUGGAUGAGUUUCGCCCAGGCUGCUGUCAACCCGAUCGUCUGCUUCCUGCUCAACAAGGACCUCAAGAAGUGCCUGAGGACUCACGCCCCCUGCUGGGGCACAGGAGGUGCCCCGGCCCCCAGAGAACCCUACUGUGUCAUGUGAAGCAAGCUGGUAGGCAGACAGGCAGGGAGAAGGUCAUGGCUACCGUGAUGGGGCCAGCAGUAAGGGAAGGGUGAGCCCCACACAGGAGCCUUUCUUUCUGAGCUCCAGCCCUAGCCCCUCGAACCACCUGGAAUCUAGGCACCUUUGCCAACACCUCCCCAGGGUUGGAGCCUGGAGUGGGAGACUGGGAAAGAGGUGUUUCUAAUUCUGUGGGGCCUGUCUUCCCCUGCCUCCUUCUCCACUUCUACGAUCUCUCUCCUUUCUUCUCUCUCUCUCUCUCUCUCUUUCUUCCUCUUUCUCUCAGAAGUGACAAUUCAGAAAAAGAAAACAAGACUGAAAAUGCAGGGUUUUCUACUAACAGUUGAGAAGACAGGCUUUCUUGCUUUAAUGUCUCUCCUUCUGACAUUGUCCAGAAGGCAGAAAUUUGUCCUGUAAAAUAGACUUCCAGAGCUCUUAUUGCCCCCUCUGCUCCCAUGCACCCUCCCCUCCUGGGUCCUUUAGCAAGGCCUGGAUGUUGGGGAGAAAUUCAUCUGCUUACAACAGGGACCAAAGGGGGUGCUGGGUCCCCAGGGAGCAGAGAUGUUUAAUUGCUAUGUUGUGUGCAAUGUUGUUUUAAGCUAACCCUGGUCCCAAGCCUGGUUUCUUCCCACUUCCUACCAUGUCCAGACCUCCUAAAUGUUUCUUGAGCAGCUGUUCAAGAAGCCAGAAGUGGAGGGAGAAGGACCCCUAGGAUGGGCCCAGGCUAGGACCUGGGAUGUGAGCUGCACGCCUCAAGCUGAAGAGACCCAAGCUUGGCUGCAUUCUUUCGAGCUGCCUCCUGGAUCCCCAGCCCCCAACUCCUCUUCCUGAGGAUGGAAAUCCACUCCAGCCCCACUAAGGCUGAUGUGGGUGCCAUACAGGCAGGAGCAUUUCUCCCAGGGAAGUGUAGGGAGAGAGCCAAACUCCCCAGAGUAACUGGAUCCCAGUGCCUGGGGUCAGAGCAGAACUCAACCCCAGAAUUGUCUCCUGGGUUCACACUAUUCUAUGGAAGAUGAAAAGUUAGGGGGUGGCCUUGGUGUAACACAUAGUGGUAUAAGCUCCAAGGCACUGUGGACUUGAGUCCAUUCCUAUCUGACCUCUUUUUGUCCCCUUCAAGCCUCAGGGGCCUCAAGCCCCUCUCGGUAGCCCUUGGCCUCCUGGGCCCUCAGCCCACAACUUCCUUCCCCUGAGUAGCCUUCUCCCCCUUCCUCCCUCCACCCAAAGUGGAGCAGACUGCAGCCAGAUUCUCCAGGUGGGAGAGCCCAAGCCUCCCUUCCAGGGCAGAGUCCACUCUGGGCUUACAUCACUGCCAGUUCUUAUGGACUGGUGAGCUAAGCUGGCAUUCCUUUGCCUGGCCUUGCCCAGAUUCUUUGUCCCCCUAUCAUUUCCUGGGGGAGUGGGAGAUCUGUAUUUAUCUACGCCCUUUCCCUUCCUGAUAGAAGCUGUUGUCCUAAGCUCCCUCCCUAUCCCCAAGACAGCCCCAGAACUGGGGAAGCCUUGGCCCAAGAGGAAUGGGGAGGGCACUCUAGGCAGGAGAGACGUUAAUGAGCCUGGCUGUGGGGUGGCCCUGGAAAGGCAGGCCAGAGUGGCUGAGAGGCUGGGGUGAGGGUACCUGUUCUCUCAGUGAUAGUGAUGGGAGUGCCUUUCCCAGGGAGUGGGGUGGGGGGACCACAGGGGUGGGAGUAGAUAGGGUACAUUCUGGAGGGUUUUCCUCCAUUUCUUUUUUCUAACUGCCUGGAUUCACCAUUGGAUUUUGUAAAUGGAAAACUGAAAAGAACAAUGCUAUAUUGGAUGUUUUCUCUUUUUGACUCUGUGUGUGUGUGUGUGUGUGUGUGUGUGUGUGUCCUGUUUGCAUGACCACAUGUGGGGAGGUAUGAUUGAAUGGGACUGUUUCUGUGUGACUUUGUGUGGGAAGGCACCACUGCCUGGUGCACACAUGUGAGCAAAUGCCUGUAUGUGGAGACGUAUAGCACAUACACACACACACGUAUGUACCUAAUUAAAAGAAGACAAAGGAAAGUAUGUGCCUGCAGUAGGAAGUAGAGUGGUCAGAGCAUAGAAUUUUUAAAAUGUACGUAUGUAUGCAGCAAGAGGGUGGGCUUCCAUCUCGUAAAAUCUUCCUCCUGUGGCCCAGGCUCUGAACACGAACGCGGGGGACAGGAUACUUGAGAACCCCACCUCUUCCCAAAGCCUGGAGCCCCCAGGUACCAUUCCAACUUCUGUAUCAGUCUCCUCUCCAAAACGCACACAAGGUGUUCCUAAAAGUGGACCACUUUGGAGAAUAGAGACUGGGAUUUGGGGAUCACAGUUGAGGGGGAACUAAUGAGGUUAGAAAAUGCCCCCUACAAAGUAAUGGCUUCUGGAGGGGCUAUUCAGUCUGGGAUGAGAGCCCUUCUGAAGAGGGCUCCCACUGUAUACAGCUGGAACUUCGGUAUAAGCUUUGACUAAAUUCGGAGGAGGCAUGUUACAGGGUGGGGGAAAGCCAAGCCCGGGAGUCUACCCAGCUAGCUUGCUCCCUGGGCACUCACUUUACUAUUUAUUUACUUAUUCUCUCAGGUGCACAGAAUUGAGUUGACCCUACUCCUCAGUUCUUGGCACACUACAUCAUCGUUGGUCCAUGCGAGUCCCCUUUAUUCUUUGUUUUGUUUCAUACCCUCCAUCACCCAUCACUGAUCCAAUCCCCUCUCCCACAUAGGCACUCACUCUCGUGUAUUUAAUGUAUGUCCUUCCAAUUCACCGUUCAUGUGUUUAUUUGCAUAUCUGUGUAUCUGUGAAAAAUAUAUGGUAUUGUUAUGUGUUUUAAUUUACAUAAACAGUAUUGUACUAUAAA